AUGCAGCAGAAGUGGGACACCCAAACCAUUCACCUGUCCUGUGUGCGGAAACUUAUAUUCCUCUCAAAGGAAUGUGAACCGCCACAGGAGAAAUGCCGCGAGGUGCUCCCCUCUCCCCGUGACUUGGCCGUGCAUUUUCGACGGUGUCAUUCUAGCGGCGCAACACAGACGUCGCGUCAUGACGCACGGCCGUCUACCUCUAGAGCAGUACCGGUUAGUGGAGGGACAACCUCAACAAACCAGCCUACACCGUCCACCUCCUCGGGGCAGGUUGCAAGGGCGGGAAACUCUCGUGCUAGUGGAGCUCCCUCAUCGUCCCGCAUCGCAGCAUCGGAUGGUUGUACUACCUGCCGGACGUGUCAUAGGCGUUUCGAGGAUCGGUUGUCUCUCUACCGUCAUCAGAUGAUAGAGGGACACCGUGUCCUACCAUCGCAACCGGCGGGAGUAUGGAUACCGAUGCUGUUGGUAGUGAGCUCCAACCACGCCCAUGGGGAGAAGGUCCCGCCCCGUGGGUAGAGGAGAGCACUGGCGAGGUGACGGAGCCCGGACUCCAGGAAGCCUAUCACUCGGACGCUCCCUACAUCCUCGCACGGGACCAACCAGGGGAGGUGUUUUCUACCUACAACCUCCCCGUCAGCAACAACUUUUCGAUAGGUGCGUUGAUGGAAUGCGCUAGGGAAAUCUAUCAAUCGUUAAGUUAUAGUUUUAGGUUCAAUCUAGCGUUCGGUGUCAUCCUGCGUCACGUGGAGACGGGACGCUAUCGCUAUUUCCACCCUUACGCUGUCGAUCCGCUCUUUACUACUCCUCUCUAUAUCACCGAGCUGAGGGAUCUCGAACGGUUGCGUCAGAGACUGGAAAGUUUAGAUGUGAUGUCUUAUCUAUUGAAACAACGCCCCAAAGCCAAAUGGGAACCCGUUUUAAUCACGAAUGUACAGUUUUAUGCGUACAGAAUGAAUUUUUCUUUAGGCCAUCCCCCUGUUGCUCUCCCCGAUUAUCUGAAACACCACAAAGCUAUUAUAGCAUUAGAUUAUAACAGAAUAACUAAGAAACUUUAUGAUGAUCACCUUUGCUCUUUCCGGUGUCUGGCUCUGUAUGGAGAUCCAUCCGCUCGA